ACACAUGUUGAUUCCUCCUUGGAGACCAUUGAUGUGUCUAAUUGACUAUAUGCAUCUGUUUAUCUGUAGAAAUACUGGCUUCUCAGCUGGAUUUUGUGAACACAAACUGGAGUCCAGGUUAAGGAAGAACUGAUUUCUAAUAUUUUGAAUGUACUUAUUCUUGGAAUCUUGUUUGCAGUUAUAGUACGAUAGAUCAUUAAUGUAGUAAAUGUUUUAUUACAUUGUGUCAGUGUGUUUGGCACAAAAUUUUACUGAAGUUUCCAUCAAUCUCACCCUGGCAUAACACAGUUUCUCUGGACCUCCGCAAGGCCGGAGUCCCCCAAUUCAAUUUGACUGAUGCAUGCCAAGAUAUAACAGAGACAAUGUACUGUUGAUAUUACAACCACACAACUCAAACGCGGGUUCACCAGUAUGAACAAAAUCACAAACAGGUUAUUUUGUUCAAGCCUUCAAGAACUGUUGUCUGCUAAUCUGUUUGCAUCUACCAAUUUAUUGGCUGUCCAGUAUCCAGACCACCUGUCUCCAGAGCUUCCUAUACAGUUAAUCUCUUUCUGUAACGUGAAGAAGACGGCUUUAAUAAAACCAGUUGAACUGACUGCUGUUUGCACUGCUUCUCUAUGGUUUUAGUCAUCAAUCUAACCUUUAAACAGCGUACAUUCCUCCUAUAGACAAUGGGAGAAGGGCGAUGUAAAGGCCUCGAUUUUUGUCGUUCUGAGCAUAUGCAAUGUGUCUGCCUCCGCAUUAAUUUAAUGUUUAACUUCCCACACAAAAUUACUUCUUUACUUAUUUUAGGUUUAAGGAAGUGUGUAGGUCGCAUUCGUUAUUGUAAAUCAAUGAAAGGUAUGUAUUUAGAUCCGCCUGCUCGAUACAAAUUCAGAGACUGAUUUGCCAUGUCUGUGCCUUGAAGGAGUCGAGCUGAAUAAAUGUUUUUCCAAGGACCGCCCCUUUGACGUAACUUUGUAGUGAAGUAAAAUCAAUUGAUGUAGUGAUACUUUCAAACACCAGAGGGAGACAAAUACACGUUUAUUCGACAGAGGACGUUGACAUGGUCCUAGUAAGGUUAUAGGUCUGUAUAGUUUGAAGUCUGGAUUGAACAGCCCAAAUGUGCACUUACAGUUGUUUGUGAUAUCCAUCACAAUGUUGCUAAUUUUCAUAACCAACAGUCUCUUACUCUAUAUUUCAGAUGUUGAAACCAUCAGAAGACAUGCAGUGAAUGUGACUCUAGACCCUCAUACUGUACAUCGUAACCUCAUCCUGUCUGAGGACAGGAAACAAGUGAGACAUGGAGAACUAAAUCCUGUUCUCUCUGACAACGGGAAGAGGCCUAAAAAUUAUUUCGGUGUCCUCGGAAAUGAGGGCUUCUCAGGGAAGUUCUACUAUGAGGUGAAGGUGGAGGGGAAGACUGAGUGGACUUUGGGAGUGAUCAGAAAGUCCGUGUAUAAGUAUUUGGAGUUUAGACCAAACAUUGAGGAAGGAUGCUGGACUGUGGAGAUGAAGGAUGGAAAGUACACAGCUCAUGCUGAUCCCCAUGUCACCCUCUCCCUGAGAGAGAAGCCGCUGAAGGUGGGGGUGUUUGUGGAUUAUGAGAAGUGUCAGGUCUCCUUCUACAAUGUGGAGGACAGGUGUCAUAUCUACUCUUUCACUGGCUGCACCUUCACUGAGAAACUCAAUCCAUACAUCAACCCUGGUGGUUCAGAUAGUGUUUCACUGGUCAUCUGUCCUGUGAAUGCCACUGACUGACUGUUUUAAAUCAAACAAGGUGCAAUUGUUAUUUGUGAAAUGCUUGUUAUUCUGCUAAUGUGCAGUAAAUAUACUGUAUAUAAUUUUUUUAAAGUAUAGAAAAACAAACCAAAACAAUUUAACAAGAAUAAUGCAAUAUUUGUUACAGGAAUUUACAUAGUUAAUAGAUAACACAUUUAAGAAAAUUAGAGGGGUGUUGUUUUGCUAGCUUGGAUGCUUUCUUCGAUGAGGGCAUUGUGUGGAACAUUCUGUCUCCCUGGUCAUCUGUCCUGUAGAUGUCACUGACUGACUGUUUUAAAUCAAACAAGGCAGAUACAGUAUAAACAGCAGUAACUCCUAUUGAGAGACUUAAUGUACAUGAGUUCUUAGUUAUAGAUUUCCUGUCAGUCUUUGUUGUUGUUUUAAAGUGGAACAGUUUAUUGUUUACUGGAUAGGACAGAGGUAGGAAUGUUGAAAGAGCAAUGGGUUGGAUCUGAACCCAUUCUGGUACAGGACCAUCCCAGACCACUGAUUUCUUCUCAAUCUUUGACGUGUCUUUCACCCAUUCCUUGGACUGUUCUGUCUUCAGGACAGUGUGCUAUAUGUUUUUAUUCUCUGUUUUGAAAAGUAUUUGUUGUGUACAGUGGCGACCCGUCAUUCAGGGCCACCUGUUUUGAGCCCCACAUUUUUAGGCCAAAAAUAAUUAAUGUCACAAAUAAUAAUUAAUGUCACAUAUUAGUUUGUAAACAAUGUAAAAAAAUAUUUAUAUGUAUCAUUGAGUUAAUA